AACGUGAACAGACCCCAACAGCUGGCUCGCCGGCUUCAACUGCAAGGAAUUAUUUAUUUUCAGAGCGUAGAAUAACACGAAUGAAUGAAGUCAUUCUGAACUGUGGAUAUAGCACAUCAACGCACACGCCGCAGCGUUGACCACCGUCAGCGGCAUUCGUUGUUUAGGACGUCGCAGCCAAGCUUUGUGGCUGAAGAAUGAAUUCAACAGGAUACAAUCAUGGGAUUCACGCCGACCUAGCACAACAGCACCACGACCAGCAUGCAGGUACAGAGGCCCUGCUCAAGAAGCUGGCACGGUCCUACAAGACCGUGCAGGCAGAGGACAACAGUGCAGCCCUGGCGAGGGAGAAGGACGCCCUGAAAGCACGCCUCGGCAAGCACGCUGUGGCACCAUCGUUUGGCGCUCAGGGAGCUUUGGGACUGCAGCCGGCAUCAGCCCCCUUCCGGCACCUAACUGUGGAGAUGCCACCCUCGCCAUCGCCCAGCGCCAGCCAGCCGCCGCCAUCCGCGCCCGGCUCCAGCCGCUCCUUGUACCCGGCAGCCCCCGCCGAGUCCUCGGCCCGUUCACUCAUGUCGCAGGCCAGCGGCACGCCCCCCGUCGCGCCGGCUGGCCUCAGUACCGCGGCCGCGGCCGCGCUUCAACGCCUGCGCGACCAGCAGCACAAGCUGCAGCACCAGCACUGGCAGCAGCCCCAACAGCAGGCAGGACAGGCCCCACUGGGCGGUGCAUAUGCAGGGCUGCCGCAGGCCGCAUACGCCCAGGUACCUCUGGCACAUCCACAAAAUCACCCGCACCAGGUCCAGUACCUGCACCAGCAACAGCAGCAGCAGCAGUGCCAGCAGUACGGCAGAGGUCGUUAUGAAGGCGCCACUCCUGCUGCGCCCCAGAGCGGUUCGACUGGGUCAGGUGCUGGGGGCCAGGCGGCAGAUGAGUGCAGCGCCGGGCCGGGACUGGACACUACCGCUGCUGGCGCAGGCGCAGCAGACGCUGGCGCUUACAAGAGUGCUGGAGCGAGCGGGGCAAGCAAGUUUGGCAAGGCGCUGAAGGCGCUGCUAAAGCCCUCCAAGUCGAAGAAGGGAGGUGCAGGCGAGGUGCUCCAGGUAGCAACAGGGCCAGAUGCAGUAGUGGCUGACAGCGCCCAUCAGACGUUGCGCGACGCGGCUUCGGGCGCUGGCCGGUAUGUGCCGGGCACAGAUGGUCGCCAGCUGCAGCACCCCAUGGCCAUGGCCGAUCAGCACUCGCUGCGGGCGACACGUGACAAUCCUUAUGCGGCGCCCACGCCAGCGGAUUCAACUCGCACGCUAGAUCCGCAGCAACGACACCAGCUGUGGGGGGCCACUGGAGGCAAGGCCACAACUGGGGCGGUGCCUGCACCUGCUGACCCGCACCAGCAGCAGCGACAGCCGCCGGCACCGCCCCAGCAGCAGCGGCACCAGCUGUGGGCAGGCCAGCCUGGCGCCCAGGGCAAAGGCAGGCCGCCGACUGUGCCUGCGACCGAUAGCGUGUCGACUGCGGCAUACUUCCAGUCAGGCAUGCCCGCGCAGUAUGCAGUCCCACUGCUUGGCUCCUACCCCGCAGACCCGUUUGCAGCACCUUCGCUGGACGGAGGCGCCAACGCGCCGCCAGCCUUUGCAUGGAGCGGAGCCAGUGCGGUCUCUGGUGUGCUUGCAGCACCACUGUUAGCGUCUGCGCCUCUGGCGGCUGCGGGUCACGCGGGCGGUGUGGCUACCACACUGCCAUUUGCAUACCUGCAAGCCCCGCCGCCGCCACAGCCCCAGGUGGCCGCUAAAUGGCAGCGGCUGGCGGUAGGGGGAGCGGCUGCAGCGGGCAGCAGCGGUCGGCAGGCUGGUGCUGCGACCGGCGGGAUCAGCGCUGCAGAGGUAGAGGCAGCAGUCCGGGGCUCGGACCUGGCGUUUGGGCGUCACGGGAGCAGCGGCAUCGACCUCUUUGCACCCGGGACAUUGGCCAUGCUCCGGCGACAGCAGCAACAGCAGCAGCCGCAGAUGCCUACCCCAGAAGGGCUUACUGGCGUAGCGGCUGGACACCAGAUACCGGCGCCGCAGACGGGCACUGGAGCCGCGGCGCCGCCACUGCCGCCCGGCGGUGCUCGUGAUGCAGCUGUGGCAGCUGUAUCGGAUGUCAUCCUGUCUACCACGGCGGCGAUGCAGCGCCCGCAAGACCUGCCUCGCGGAUUGGGCCCAGCACCGCCGCCGCUGCCCAGUCACGGCAAGAAGGGAGCUGCAGGCGGUGCCGCCGCAGACAAGGAGGGCGGUAAGUCCAAGUACAAGGUCCCUAGUGAGGCAGGCAACGUGUGGACGGCGCUGGUGCAUCGCUCAAAUAUUGGCCAGGUGGCUCAGCGGCUGGCGGCGAGCGUGCCCGGCUCCCGGCGCCCCACAGACAGCUCGGGGGUAAGCGGCUCUAUGGGCGGCGCGUCCGCAGUGCCACCGGCCAACAAUGGCCAACCCUCUUCAGGUGGCGCCAGCAACAGCGGUGCGCCUGCCCCGUCACGGCGGGUGUCUUGGGGCUCUGACGCCGGGCCCGGGACCGCAGCGGGCGGCCACGAGGAGCGCGCCUCAGCACCGACUGCAGGUGCAGCCACCCGACCUCGGCAGCUGUCCGGUGCUGGUUCCACUUCGGCAAAUUUCCGUGCAGCAGCCGCGGCGCUGUCCCAGCUGCCGCCGCGCCCGGGCGGCAGGAUCGGCUCGGUCACCGCCGCAAGCACAGCGGCCGCCGGUACAGCGACCACAGCGCAGCUGCAGCAGCACGCACCUAGACCGUGCAUCGGCGCUGCUGCCAGCUCGGAGCACCUCCGAGCACCGCAGCCUGGUCCCAACACCGCGCCCGGUCCCAGCGGUGCCGCGCCACUGCAGCGCUAUCCCGCUGUUCCGGACGGCGCCACUGCAGCAACGCGGGCGAGUGCCCUCCUGGCCGCGCAGCCCGCGCCAGCUGCUGGCGCGCCUAGCCCGCGGGCCUACCCUGCUGUGCCCGGUGACGCAGCUGCUACGCGCGCUGCCGCGACAGUGCCGGACACAGCGUACCUCCUGGGUAUCCUCAGUCGCCUCAAGACGCCUACAGUCAUCCGCCAAGCCGCCGGGGCCGCCGCUGCGAAGGCAAAGGCCGGCACCGCCAGCGCUUCUGCUGGUGCAGGUCCCGGGAUCCCGCAGGACCACGUGCCAAUGGCAGCGGCCGAGUGCACUGACGCACCGGGUUCCCCUGCUGCGGCUGAGGCUGCAGCACCUGCUGAGGCUGUGGAUGCAGUGGAGGCCGCAGGAGCGGGCGGGCAUCCAGCGGUGUACCGACGGGCGUUUGGGCGCAGUGUGGGUCUGGCCUGGCGGCACAAAGCGCUGGGCUACAGCAAGGCCGGGGCAACAGCCAGCUUCCAUGAGCGCUUGCUUUCACACAAGCAAUUCUCCUCAGGCGGCGACGUGCGCCCAGUAGCUGCCGAUGACUCCCAAGAGCUUGAAGCUGCCGCCGCGGCCGCUAUGGCUGCUGAGGCAGUGGCGGCAGCUACUACACUGGACUCUGACGCGUAUGAGGAUGCGGUCGAGGACGAGCCCAGUCCUCAGCACUCCGAGGGCGGUGCCGAUGCCAGUCCUGGUGGGGCUACUGGAGCGUCGCCAUCUGCUGCACGGGCUUCCCGCACCCGGGCCCCGCCGCCCCCCGGCUCGCCGUCUCCCCAGCCGCUGCUGCAGCCGCACGAGGCGGUGCAGCUUGCGGCGCGUGACGAGCACGGCCGUGUGGUGGCGCUGGCGGCGGCCUGGGACGAUUACGUUACGCCUCGCAGCGGCUGUGGCCCUGGGCCGGCAUCUGCGGCUGCAUCGCCCAGUCCUGCGUACCGCCAGCCUGCAGCCUCACCGCCAGCCGCAGUGUCCACUGCAGCAAGCCCAGCGCCGCAGCAGGCACAGCAGCUGGCGCAUGCCGCUGCGAUGUGGCUGGGCCAGAGCCCCCGAGGUGCUCAGGGGCUCUCGCCACAGACCGGCGCUGUGACAGCGGCCACUCCUCCAAAGCCACCUGCGGGGCCGGAGACGUUGGACAUGCGCCGGACCCCAAAUCGCAAGCUGGACUACAGCGGUGCUGAGGUGGCGUCGCUGGGCGCCUGUGCGGCUGCGGGCACAGUAGCCGUGUCUCGGGUGGCCGCGUCUCCUCUGUCAUCGGCUGCAGUCGCGGCGGCUGCCUCAGGCCUCCGCAGCCGAUACGCAACCGCGACCCGGGACGACGGCUGCGGGUCCAGUGACCCCGAGGAAGUGGAGCCAACUGUUGGUAGCGGCAGUGCUGACGAGGAGCAAGAGUACUGUGCCGCGGAGGGCGAGGGUGAGGUGGAGGCGCCCGACAGCCGGGUCAGUGGCAGUAGCUCUGUGGGCAGCACACGGGACCGCGCCCGCACUGGCAUGACGCCCGGCGGCGCGGCAGGUUCCGGGCACGCCGUGCCUGACCUAGCACUGGGGCUCGCCACGGCUGCGUCGGCUGCGCGGCCUGAUCGGGAUAUGCAGUGGCAGCAGCAGCGCAUGAAUCAGAGCCUGUUCGGGGCCCCUGCAGCUCACAGCCCACACGAGAUGGCCGCGGGUAUCACGCCGGGCGCAGCGCUGCACGUGGCACGCUCGCCCGCUUUCCGCACGCCACUGCGGCGCUGGGCCGAGGGCGACGCCACCGACGAGGAGGUUGACGGUGGCGACACGAGCAGCGUUGCGUUCGCCUCUGCGGCAACCACCGCUGCUGCAGCGUCAGCAGUUAUGCAAAAUCGCGAGCUCUUGCCAGAGAUGUCUCUGGCUCGCGAGCUGCAGUUCCGGACUGCCGGCCUUUCUGCACACACUCCAGAGCCUCACGCUAACGUCACCGCAGAUGGCGCCCUGCCCGUGCAGCAGCCACAGCAGCAGCCGGAGCUCUCUGAGGCUGUGGCCAUCUGGGGCGCGGUCCCGAGCGCUCCGCCGCUCCUCACUCCAGGGGUGUGCCAGCAGCUACCGCCGUGCGCCGCCGCAGCAGCUGAGGGUACACCCAGUUUCGCCGUUUUCAUGGCAGGUGCACAGGGCGCCACAUGGCCUCAGUCCGCCGCGGCCACACCGCAGCUGCUCGCCUUGCAGGUGCAGCAGCCGCUGGAGGGAAUGUCUGAGGCAACAGCCGCCUGCUCAACUCCAGCCACGGCAUCACCACUGGAACGUCACUGGUGCCGCCGCUCGGUGGGCGUCGCCGCUGCAGUGCACCGGCAGCAGUCGCAGCGGGCCUUUCGCACACCCGCCAGCAGCUGUGGUGGUGACGCCUCCGCCGGUGGCUCUAGAGACGCCAUACAGACGCAGCUAGAGGAGCGUGCGGCCGCUGUCAUCCAGGCGCGCUGGCGCGGCAUCAGGUCACAGCGCGCGUCCCUAUCAGGCGCCGCUGCACAACGGCUGCCGGUCGCGGCCUGCACCCCCAGCCUGCAAGCUGCCGGCGUCCCGCAAGGGAGCAGUGCUGGCUAUGCCGACUAUCUGCAGGAGGGUGACGAUGACGCGGCCCUGAGCGAGGCGGCCACGGACAGUGGCUUCGAGGACGCGGACGCUGCGGAGGAGUUGGGCGUGCUGAUCGCGCAGGAGCGCCUGCAUACCGCCGCCGUGCUCAUCCAGUCUGCCUGGAGGGGCCACGCCGCCCGCUCCGCAACUGCGGAGGUACGCCGCCGACAGUGCCAGGCCGAGCUGCUGGCGGCUGCUGAGGCUGCGCGACAGCAGGAGCAGGAGCUGCGUGAGGCGGAGGCGGCCGCGGAGGAGCUGAGGAAGAUGGAGACGGCUGCGGUGGUGGUGCAAGCCGCCUGGCGGGGCAGACUCGCUCGCGCGUGUGCACAGCAGGAGCGGCAGCAGGCUCGUGCGCUGCAGCAGCAGAGGGCCGAGGUGGCGGUCCUGAGGGUGCAAGCGGCCUGGCGCGGCCUCGUCGCCCGUCGGCGGGUCGAACGGCUGCGUGCCGCUGCCGCUGCAGCCAGAGCAGCCGAGGAGGAGGCUCGCCUGCGGCUUGAGGAGGAAGCUGCCGAGCAGGCUCGUCAGGAGGCGGCAGCUACCAGGGUGCAGGCUGCAUGGCGCGGCUCGCGUGCUCGUGCUACAUUCGUGGCACUUCAGCAGGAGCGCCGGGCUGCGGAGGCAGCUGCUACGGCGGCGGCUGAGCAGGCGCAGCGAGAGGAUGCCGCAGCGGUUACGAUGCAGGCGGCGUGGCGUGGCUUCCGUGACCGAGCUGCAGCCAGCCGCCUGCAUCAGCAGCAGCGGCAGCGAGAGCAGGAGCUGGCGCGGCAGCGACAGCAGGAUGAGGAGCGGGCACAGCUGCGUGCCGCAGCCACUGCGAUACAGGCGGCGUGGCGGGGCAGCCGGGUGCGUGCCGAGGUGCAGCGCCUGCGGGAGCAGCACCAGCAAGAAGAGGCUGAGCGCCGCGAGCAGCAGCGCCAACUGGCGGCGGCGGUAAGGCUGCAGGCAGCUUGGCGCGGCCACUCUGCCCGCAUUGCGGUUGCUGUGGAGCGCAGCCGGCUUGCAGCGGCAAUGGCCGAGACAGCAGAGGCUGAGGCAGCCCGCCAGCAGCAGCAAGAAGCUGAGGUUGAGGCGGCUGCAGAGCUGGAGGCGCAGGCAAAGGUGUUGCGAAUGAACUUCGCGGCGUCUCGCAUUCAGCGCGCCUGGAGCCGCCGGAGGUCUGUCCUCGCGCUUCAGCCGCAGCUGGAGGACGACGAGGUAUUUGCCUCGACUCCCGCUGGUGCCACGGACCCCGGCAGUAAGGAAGGCCAGGGCGCCCUGGAGAAGGAGGAGAAGGAGCAGAGCGAGAGUGGCGCUGACAGGCCAGCCGCACGCGCCUCGUCUGCGCGACGCGGUGGCCAUGCGGCGAUGUGCGGCAACAUAUUUGCAGUGCUUGCCGGCGAUGAUGACGACGAUGACGACGAGGAGAGAGAGGAGGACAACGAGCAGGACUGUGCGGGCGAGGAGGCCUGGCUGGGCAGCGCCGCUGCGGCGAGCUAUCGGGCUGAAGGCGAAGAUGCCGCCGGGCCGUCCCAGCUGAGGGCCGCGCCUCUGUCCUUCGAUGACAUCCCCUUGGGCGUCAGGCUGCCUGUGCCACCCACAGCUGCAGCCACAGCACGCCGCGGCCCGGCGGACUGCGUGCCGCCAGCCGGGCCCGCGGGCGAGGGCGGACUGUUCGUGGCGGUGCCCGUCCGCAGCACCGAGGUGGCGGGCCUGGCUGCGGCUGGCACCACUCCUCGCGGCAGGGGGCCGGGGGGCAGUGACGCCGACCCUGCCAGCGCCGCGGCGGCUGCGGCUGGCGGCAAGGUGGCCAUGCUCAUCUCCGAGGGCAUCAGCAUACGGUUUCCUGCUGUAUCGCCGAGUUCGGUUCAGCCCCCCGCCGCCGCCCUGCAGCCCACACAGCAGCUCCCGGCACAGCCGCAGCAUGCCGCAGCGUUCAGCGAUGGCGACGGUGCAGACGAUGAUGCCCCCGCUCGGCCCCGAGCACCCUUACAUGCGCUGAGCCCGCAGCGGGCCGCUUUCACGCUGCCCUCCGCGCUGCUGAGCUCCUCAGAGGGCGACGAUGAGGAGGACGAGGACGAGGGUGGUGAGGCCGACGAGGAGCAGCAGCUGAGUGGGGAGGAAGGCGUCGGGGCUGGUGAUGAUGACGACGACGGCCUAGCAGGCGGCGCAGCGGCGGGCAAUGAGAAGGAGGCAGUGGAUGAGGAGAUGGCGGCGCAGGUGGCGGCGCUGGCGCAGGUGGCUGCGGCUGCGGCUGCGGGGCUGCUGGCCGGUGACGACCCGCGUGUGUUGCUGCUGGGGCAGGUGCUGGAGGACCCCAGCCCGCAGGCUGAGUGGCUGAGAGGCCAGAUCGCGGAGCACAUGGCGGCGACUGCCGCCGCGGAGGACCAGGCAGCAGAGGCAGAGGCGGCAUCCACUGCAGCUGUGCUGAGGGCUGUCGCUGCAGCGAGGGCGGGCGUGGAACCGACAGCACAGCAAGAGUCUGUCAACUUUAGCGACAGCGAGGUGGAUGAGGAGGAAGAUGAGGACGAGGAUGAGGGCGGCAGUCCGGCGGGCCUGAGGUCUGCAGCCAAUCCGUUUGCACUGCUUGGUGGCGAUGACAGCGGCGCCGAUGAGGAUGAGGAUGAGAACGAAGAGGACUUGAGUGACGGCGCCGACAGCGAGCAAGUGGCAUCUCCCCCGCAGGUGCAGCAACGCCUCACCGCCACUGCCGCGGAGGGAUCCCAGCCCCGGUGCAGCCCCAUCUGGGCACCAGCUGCACCGCAGCGUACUGGCGCCGGUGCUGCCCACGCCGACAGUGGAGACGAGAGUGGAGAGAGCUCGCCUGGUGGUCCCAGUGCACUGCGGCGGCCUGCUAACCCCUUUGCUCUGUUGGGCGAGGGCUCCGAGGGCGAGGACGAGCAGGACGAGGGCGAGGGGGGGGUGGGAGAAGAUGAGGACGACGAGCACGAUCAAUUCAGCCUCGACGGCGAUGGCGAUGGCCUAUCACCAGAGGUGGCGGCGUCACCAAGCCCUCCAGCGGCAGAGCCCGCAGCCACUUUCAUGGCGGCCGCAGCAGGUGGCGCCACAGCAGCGGCGCCGGCAGCUGGAGCCACCAACAACAGCCCCUUCAGUUUCGGCUUUGGCGGCGGCGGAGUCUUUGGUGCAGCCCAGUCGUCUUGGCUGGGUGUUGGUGGCGGCACUGGUGGGCAAUCGGCGCCAUGGGCAAUCGGCGCAGUCCCUCCGCCUGCAGGCGGUGGAGGCGCAGGUCCCGCCACACCGACCCUGACUACCGCGUGGCCUGCACCCGCAGCCCGAGCAGGCAACGCCGCGCCUGGCUUUGGUGGCUUCGGCCUGGGGCAGGUGUGGGGCGCAGGCGGAGCGACCGCAGCCGCGACCUUAUUCGGGAACUCGUCACAGCAACCCAUUCAUGCCGGAGGCGGGCUCUUUGGCGGCGCUUCUGCGGUGGCGGCACCAGCCCCAGCCCCUGGUGGCCACCCGGCCGCUGCGAGCUCGGAUGCUUCCUAUUCCGCUUUCGCCUCAGCUGUGGGCACAGAGGCGGCCAUGCUGCCGUCGGGUAUGGGCGGCGCCGCGGCGCUGGACCCCGCAGCACUUGCCGCCGCCUCAACGCCCAUGUCGCGACCACGGCUGUGGGCACAGGAGUCCGACAGUCCAGACGGCGGCUACGGCGGCGGCAGGCAGCCUCGCAUCGCGGCAGCAGCGGACGAUCCCGACGCAGUGUCCGACGCCAGUUUGCCCUUCCUGCCCUAUGACAGCUGCACAACCACUGUGGCCUACAACGCACCGCAGCGUCACGGGGCCGGUGACCUGGGCGGCAGCUUUGCGGGUAGGCUGGCGGCCGCGUGGGGCGCCGUGCCGGAAGAGGGCGGGGACGGCGGUGGUGACGGCGAGGGGCCGGAGGAGGGCGAGGAGGGUGCGGCGCCCCGCCACCACGGCGACCGCUACCGCGCCACCAGCAGUCCCAGCGUCAACAACGCCAACACACAGACGCCGUGGCGGACAGGUGCAGGCGCUAGUGGUCAGGUGGCAGCUGGAGAUGCAUCCAGGGCAGGGGCCUGGGACUCGCCAGCCACUGCGUUCCAGCGCGCGGCCCCGCACACGCUCCGCGGCGUGCCCACGACCGUUCGGGCCUGGGCGGCGGCAGGCGGUGUGGAGCAGACGCCGUGCAGCGCCCGCGUCAUGCCAAGUGCCCUGGCACGCAUGCAGCAGCAGCAGCAGCAGCAGCCAUGGGGGCCAUCGCUGGGGACGCCGUUUGCAGCGACUGAGCCAGGCAGAGGCAGUCCUGGUGAAGAUGAGGAUGCGGGGGAUGCGGACACGCCUGUGGAGGGUACCGAUGGGGGCGAGCUGGGCCCGGACGCAUUGGCCGGCGCCACUGCAGCGCGGCCUGCGCGGCGCGGGCAGGAGCAGCAGUUAUUUGCGGCUGCUGGUGCCGCCAUGCUGCCCAGCCGGCUGUUCGGUGAGGACGAGGGCGAGGAGGGCAUGGAGCUGGAUGGAAUGUCCGAGCUAGAGGGUGAGGACGAGGGCGAGCAGGCCGGUGAGGGCGAUGGUGAGGGUGAGGGAGGUACUAGUGACGAGUUCGAGGACGCCGCCAGCCACAGGGCAGGCGCCUGCAGCAGCCGCGGCGGCAGUGGCUUCGCGUCAGCCUGCAGCAGCCGGCGUGUUUCAGACGGCAACGGCGUGGUGGCGCCGCACCUGGCCGGAGGGGCGACGGGGCUGGCGGCUGCGUGGUCCGUCCUGGGGGCGCGUGGUGCCUCUAGCCUGGGUGUGAUGGAUCCGGGUCUGUUGCCCCUGGGGCCGCAGCAGCAACUACAGGUCAGCGCCCGAGCUUAUGGUGAUGUUGCCCCAGCAUGAAGGACUGCCGCCAUUCCUACACGCAUGCUGUCAAAAGUUGAUGUGUGUUUGUAUGCGACCGCAACCAUGACUGGAUGGUUGCAGACGUUGUUGCCACUAUACGCCUGGCUAAAAGCGUGGCUGGGUUGAUGUAAUGUGAUGUCCUUACGGUACGUAGAGGGGAAGUCGGGAAGGCUCAUGCGGGCUCUUCGCUAGCUCAUAAGCCCAGGCGCGCCUUUAUAUCGGCCUCUUUGCUGCAACAACUCAUACCGUAUACUCAUACCGUACUCAUACAUCUGAAGUUACUGAAGUUACUGAGGCGGGGUGGGACUGGGCGGACAUGAUUGCGCCGGUGGCUAACGUUGCGCAAGGGUGCCGCAGCUCCGAACGACACGGACUGGGGGUUAUAUCAUAAGACAGCGGGGCAAGCCACACGGGGAGGGCACCAUGCCGAGGGGUCUGAAUAUGUUCCCCUCACUCAUGCGGCCGAGUUAGCUGCUCGGACAAGUUGCAAUGGCUUUUACGUGCUACAUAUAUAUUAGAUAUCAGUAGAUAUUCACGUUUGCCGACGAUCGUGCAAAUAGAUGUUGAAUGCUUUGCGCCAACGGACCCUGUAGCUCCGAUACAAGGCUCAAUCUAACGUUUAGCAACCAUAAAGUCCUCCAACGUUUGAUUAAGGCUCAAAGCAACCCUUUGGAGACUAGUUGUGACCUAGAGUCGGGAUCGCGAGGAGGCCUCCUCUUCGUUCAACAAGUAGUUUUACAACAUCAGUUGAUCUUAAUAAAUCGACGGCAGCAAAGGGUACUGGAAUUCAUGCCCUCAAGGGCAACAUGCUUUCAUUGUGCGGACAGACAGGCUAAUCUGAGCCCUGUCUACUCGCUUCACGUUAUACACAUAUACAAUAGAAGCUUUAGCUAGUCGGCCGGCUAGAAUACGCAUGUCGGUUUGGACACAUUUUGGUCCAUGCGUGCCCACCUGUGCGGACAAACACGCGGGUUGUUCUCCCAGCCCGCAUAUUAUUUCGCCCCCCUGAGUUCACAGAAUCCAUAUGGAUAGUGUCCGCCAUGCUUCAUAAGAGUUUAGGAGGGAUCCGCUGAAGUCUGGGGUCAGUGAUUCCCCCUUCUGACACGUUUCGUACCCCCCAUCUUGCAAGCCAUAUGACGUUUGCGCGACAACGUCCCCAGUCUCCCGAACAUCAAGUAUUUGUUAAAUACAUCAUAAGGAUCAUAUUGCCCGAAUUUGGUGACUGGGGACGUUGUCGCGCAAAAGUUAUUAAGGGGCCCAAAUGCAGUUUUUCACCUAGGGUGCCUCCCCCGUGUGGGGGCAAGCCCAGACCGUUGCCCAAAACAUGUAAUGGAAGUUUUUA